CGCACGAUCUGUGCCUCCUUUUGCAGUCGGCCAACAGUUCUUUGCAGGUUCAGGGCAUGCGCGAUGGAUAUCCAUAGCAGGCUUGCUCAAGACACUCAAGUGUUAUAGUUGCAUCGAUUGAUUCGUUUGCUGUCCGCAUGGACUUGAAUGAAGUGGAUGUGAGGAUUGGCGCAGUCUUGAGCACAUUGGGGAAAGUAUGAACGUUUCCAUCGGGGUCGCGCCCUCAAGGAUUGGGUGUUCUACCGAUGUAGAUGUGGAUGCUGCACAACUCAAUCUUAAAGACGACGGAGAAGUUGUGCAGCUAGACCGGGAUUCUCACUUAUCAAAGCCAGAAUACCUUCCAAUGUUAUCGGCGCUCCGUGGAAUUGCAGUUGGCGCUGUUGUCUAUCAUCAUAUCGUUCAGAUCCUGGGGAGCAGCAGUGAUUGGGAGGUGGACCGGCAUGGUCAGCCAUUCGUCUUGGGCAUUCUUUUCACAAUAUCCGGAUUUCUGCAUCGCUUUUCGUGGAGGCGAACGGUCUUACUUGGUGGUGCAUAUUUGUUCGGUGGAUCCUUGAAUUUGUUGGGAGUAUAUGUUGUGUUUCAUGAGAAGAUCUGUAGAGGUUGCGGGAUCCUCGGGAAUUUUCAAUACCAUCUCUGGUACAUCCCUGUUGUGUGGCUUUGUUCUUUCGUUUGGACAUACUUCAGGGUUGCAAAUAUUGCGAUAGUCGUUGUUGUUCUUGCCUUCGGCGUAGCGGGGCACUCUGACCUGUUGUGGUUGGGUCUAACACAUGCUGUAUGCUUCGCAUCUACGUGGAUAUCGCAGAGGGGAAAGCACGACCACACGGGUACAUCUGCCCUGCCGUUGAUUUUGAUGUAUGUGCCACCGUUGGGAUUCGCGGCGUUCGCAAGAGAGAAGCAAAAAUAUUGGCUACCCAUGGGAUUCUUCUGGAAUUAUGCUGUCGGGGCGAUAUUGAGUCAGCCGUCGCGACUGAAGCGAUUGCGCCAGCAGGUCUUAUAUCGAAGACGCUUGCGGCGAACCAUUGCCGCGUCCUGCCUUUUGGAAUCGCUUGUGUGGUGAAAUGUCGAGCGAAGGUGCGGCAAUGAUAGUAGACUGCUCGUUCCCCUAUCGCUUCGUGGAACUCUUGGGUUUUGUUUCCAGGACCUCGUGAAAAGUCGCGCGGAACACACCAGGAGCGUUCAGAAGCACCUACGAGACCAGUCAGUGGGGGAAUCGUGUUUGUGUUAAAAAGCAGUGUCAUAUCCCAACACUGAAGACAAGCACACGGUGGCGGAUAUGUCUCCUUGGUAUUUUCUUGCAUUCUUCAUAACCAGCGGUGGAUACAUUUCAACUACAAAGCAAAUCAACCACAACAUCCACAUGAAUUUUGGGGAGCGCCUCUGCAUGGUUCAAAGUGCAAUGUGGAUCAGCGUAGCGAUGAGUGUUGCUUCUGUCAGGAAUAACAUUCUUUGGACAGCUAAGACAGCACGACUUGAUCGACAGCAGUUGUUGUCUUACCUUGACCACGGUUUUUUUCUUGCUGGCAUCAGGUACGCGGUUCCUAGAUAUCAGCGACCGCUUGAUUUUGGAUGGUGUUUUAUUAUUGCAAGUGCUAUAUGUUUCGUUCAUUGGCCUCUGUUGUUCGUGUUCGACGUGGCUCGGCAUAGAUUCCCGGACACGACUUUGCGUAUGCCAGUUUCCACAGUCUGAAGUUGUGUUUUUGAGGUGCAGGUAUGGGUAUAGGUGUGGGUGUGCGUGCGCCCGUUGCCGCACCACGUGCGCCGCAAAGAUGGUUUUAUUUCCAAUGUUGACCAGGAGUUUUUCCCAACGGCUACCAGGAGUUCAAGCUGGGACGUUAUUUUUUCCGCAGCAGCGCGGCGAGAGAUGGCCUCCAGCCCCCGCCGCCUCGGCGGCCUGCGCGCUAACACCGCCGCGGCGGCGGCGCCGAACGAGGGCUCCCGGCGGGAGGUGGCCACCGCGCCCGGCGAGGUGGAGGCCGGGAACGCCGCCGAGGCCGAGGCCCCCUUGCUGCCGAGCGGCCCCAGCGUGCAGGCUCUCGGCGCCCUGGGCGCCAGGCUGCGCGCCGUGCCGCUGUGGGCCGCCGGCGCGCUGGCCGCGGCGCUGGCCGUGGGAGGCGCCGCCGCGUGCGUGGCGGCCGCCGGGCAGGGCGGGUGCGCUGGGCAGGGGUGCUCGCCGGGCAGGGACCUCCUGAUGGGACUGUUUCCAGGGGGCACCACAGUCACUUCCACGAGUACAGCGACAACGACGACAACAAGCACCAUGACCACAACGGUCACCAGCACCAGAACAACGACCACGACCGUGACACUGGGAGCUGAUUCCUUGUUCUGCUUCGCGUUGGUGAUGCCCGCAGGAGAUGGAAGACCCGCGCAAUGGGUCAUGCCCUCGCUGUCGCUGAAGCGCGACCUCCUGCUGCCCUUCCUGUCCCGUAUGGGUUUGAUCGUGAGCCCGACGCAUCUGUGCUGGUGGCAGUGGCACAACGCGUUCCCUCAGAAGCGCUUCUGCAUUGACCGUGAUGGCGCGACGACCGCGAUUGGUUGGGACAAGAUCGCGCGUGUCACGGCUGCACCUGGCGAUGACCCUGCUGCGCUGCAUUGGGGCCCCAGUCAGCUCGCCAAGAAUGACUUCACGAAGGUGCUUCGGCAGAGGCCCGCACUCGCGGUGGCGUCGCCAUUAUCAUUCCUCCUCUCGCUGUGGCAGCUGGAGAUCCUGUUCAGACUGAACCGGUGGCUCUUGUGCCUGGGCGGGUGCUUCUCAUUCGCGUUCGUACUUGCUCUACACGUUCGCCGUUUCCAUGGGCGCGCGACGUUGCGGCGGCACGCGCUGCUCAAGAUGCUCGAGAUCGAGGGCUCGGACGCCGCGCGCUUCGAGGCCGCCUCCGAGAGAGGCGACAUCUUCGACGGGUGCCCGAUGCAAAAGUCCCAGACCACGUUGUUGUCGCUCAUGCCAUCUGCGCUCGCGCCCCCCGCCCCCCUCAGCAGCGCGAUCUUCCCAAGGGUCUCUGUCGCGAUCAGCUCUUUCGUCAGCGUCUGCGCGGGCCGGUUGAAUGCGUUGAUUGGGAAUCAACGUCGCCUCCUGUUUGUCAUGAACGCUCCAAAGAGUUGGUGCGGAUCGCGGGAGCGGAGAUCAGAGAUCAGUUGUUUCGUGAUAUGCCGUUACAUCCCAGCCGGCGGGCGCUGCGGACGCGCGGCAGCCCUGCUGCUGACCCUCGUGGUGGCGGCCGAGGCCGCCGACGCCGACCACGAGGCCGAGUACGUGUACUACGACGACAUGUCGGACGUGGACAUGAAGGCGUUCUGGCUCGACGGCACCUUGGCCCCCUCCUCGCGCGCGGACGCGCUGCCGAUCAGAGCGCGCCCCGCAGGUCCGACCCGCACUCCCCCCGAUCCCCCCGACUCGGACUCGUCGUCCUGGAUCAGGGGUUGGGGUCUUUUUGGCAUCAGCUGGAAGGACAUCGGCAAUCGCACCCUCUGGAUCGCCGAGGGGAUGGGCGGGGGCACUUUCCGGGCCGUUGGGAGCUUCAGGUCCGCCUUCUCGACUCGCGAGGCAGGAGGUUGGCUGAGCUCCGACGGCGGCUGGGCGCUGUACAUGGCCGACCAGAUGGGUCUCUACCGGGUGGCCACUCUUGCGCACUGGGUGCUGAAGAACAUGGACCCGGGCCUCAAGACGAGCCUCCUGCUAGAGGACGCGGUGCGCCAUCCCAUGCACGUAGCCGACGUCGUGAAGGGCCCGAAGAUCCCGAGCGUGUACUUCUUGGCCGACGUCCUCCGCGUGCAGGACCACUACUUGGAAGGGAACUUGCUCCGCGCGGACCGCAAAAUCGUUCAAGACCUGAAACUCGAGACCAAAGAUGCAAUCGCGAUCUACGUUGCGGGGCUGUGGAAGAGAUGUCUGCAGUACACGCGCCAACUCUUGCGAGGCUCCAAGGGCUGCUUGGCAGCUCGGUCGCCAGAGGCGCAGGGCCUGAAGUCCAGCAUGCGCUGCACCUACAAGCCCAAGAAAGGCUCCAGCACAGGCUCGACGGCAGCCCCUGCAGAGCCCGACGGCCCCAUCCUGAACCAGCAGGCGGAGAUAGAGGGCGUCCAGGAGGAGGGCGGCCAGGAGGGCGGCGACGCCGCACAGGCGGCGAGCGGCCACACUUUGGAGGGCGAGACCGACGCCAAGCAGACCGACAUCUGCGCAGACGAGCGCGCGGAGAAGAGCGGCGAGGACGUGAAGGAGAACAACGGCAUGAUGAUUGAGAUGAGUCAGGCUGCAGAGGCUGCAGAUGAGCAGGCAGUGGACUCCCACGCGGUCGGAGGCCAAUGGAGUGACGAGCUGCAGCAGGAGGAGAGUCAGGCCCGCGACGUUCAGGAGAUCGGCAACAGCGAUGAGGAUAUCCUGAGUCAGCAGACGUUGGCGUUGGCAGGCGCGCUCCAAGAUCAAGAAGAUGGCGCUGAGGCAGCGCGCAGCGCCCAGGACAUGGAGCGCCUGGCUGAGGCGUUUGACCGCGAGAGCCAUGGCGACCCUACCGCCCUUGACACCAUUCGCCAGCGCAAGUGCCUGCGCCCGCAGGCGGAGCCCGCCAAGCCAGAGGUGGAGCAAGUCAAGCAGGAGAUGGCAGAGGCACCGCCGCCUGCUGUCAGCAGCGUGGCCCAGAACCUCCUGCAGGGGGGCGUGGCCGAUGGCGGCUCCGGGGAAGUCGGCCAGGCCAAGAGCGGCAAGAAGCGCGAGUCGGACUCCUUCGGCCCUGACAAGGAUGACAUGGGCAUGGGCGCCAUGGUGGCACAGAUGAUGGCCAAAGCGAUGGAGGACAAGGACACGGGCGAGAGCGACGACCUCGCCGAGGGCUCCGCGAAGGUCGACAAGGGCUCCGCGAAGGUCGCCAAGACCAGGAGCAGCACAUUCCCGGGCUACACGAUCCCAAACGACAUGCCGCAUCGGGCCUGCCCCCAGAGCGAGCUCCCGGCAGGCUUUGGAGGUUCCAGCUACACACUGCAGCAAGCGAAGAAAGGGGCCCAGAUCAAGAUACUGCUGCACCGGAAAGCCUUUUGGAUAUGCAAGGCAGCAAACAGAGAGCCCCCCAAGCAGCGCCACGUCACAUGGAACAAGCACGGUGGGAUCAAGCAGGCCUGGGAGAAAGCGUGCCAUGCUGCAGGGCACCCACAAGACCCGAAGUAG